AACACCCCUGAAGAGAGCGAAUAUUUCCGAGACUGCAGGGUGUUUUUUGCUAUGGUUGAUCGGCACUGUAGAUGACAGUAAGCGCUUCCGCAUCGACCCGUAGCGUGCUGUCAUUGCGGGAGAAUGAAUAACGCAAAAUGUUGCGUAUUAAAUCAAACACCAAGGAGACGAACACGGAUUAUACAAUGUAUCUAUGUGGUGGGGUUCAUGGACCUGUUUGGGGUGAGCUUGAUCAUUCCCCUGCUGAGUCACCAUGUCAAGGCCCUUGGGGCCAGCCCCACCGUGGCAGGCUUAGUAGGCUCCACAUAUGGGAUCCUACAACUCUUCUCUAGCACUAUAGUGGGCAGCUGGAGUGACGUGGUCGGGAGGCGGUACUCUAUGCUGAUGUGUCUGCUGCUGAGUGCUCUGGGCUACGGCCUGCUGGGGAUGUCCACCAGCAUCGCCCUGUUUCUCCUGGCUAGGAUCCCUGUGGGGCUGUUCAAGCACUCCCUGUCCAUCUGCCGGGCCCUGCUGUCUGAUCUGGUGUCUGAGGUGGAGCGCCCCCUAGUGAUGGGACACUUCAACGUGGCCUCCAGCAUGGGCUUCAUCUUGGGACCCGUGGUGGGGGGCUACCUCACUGAACAUGACGGAGGCUUCUACACCGCAUCCUUCACCUGUGCCUCCAUCUUCCUCCUCAACGCAGGUCUAGUUUGGCUGCUUCCCUGGAGCGAUGCACUAACCCCAUGCACCGAUGCUAACUCCAACAGCAGCGCUAGCAAUGCCAGCUGCCACGACAACGACAACCACUUCACGUCAACACAUCAAAACUGCUCCCAAGGCAACAGCGACAACCAAACGACAGCGCCGGCGGCAGCGGUCACGGGAUCCGUGGCUCCAGAGAAGAACCAGAGGAGCUGGGGCUGGUAUCUGGACUGGGGGGAGGUGUCCCUGCUCCCUUCUGCCUGGCGUCAGCUCUCUUCGGUGGGCUCCAAGAUUAGCAUUGUGGCCUCCUCAGACAUGUGGGACCUGUUCCUGGUGCGUCUGCUCAUGGCCAUGGCCAUAAUGCUGUACUACAGUAACUUCUCCCUGGCCAUGGAGGAGCGCUUCAUGCUGAAGCCCAAAGCCACAGGUUAUCUAAUCAGCUACAGCUCUACCCUGGGGGCCCUAGCCGGGUUCUUGGUGGGACCCAUCAAUAAACUGUGUGGUAACAACAUGUCGGCGCUGUUGCUACACUCUUCGGUCCUCACGUGUUGCCUGAUCCUGCUCUACGCCGCAGCUCCCAGUGUCUGGCACGUGUUGUUAAGUUCCACUUUCAUCGCCAUCUCUACAACCAUCGGACGCACCUGCAUCACUGACCUGGUACUGCAGAAAGGGGGCGCUCACGCCAGCGGCACACUCAUCGGGGCGGGGCAGUCAGUGACCGCGGUGGGGCGCGUGCUCGCACCCCUACUCUCGGGGCUGGCCCAGGAGUUUAGUCCCUGUGGGCCCCCGAUUCUGGGGGUAGGGCUGGCGUUAGCGGGCAUCGUCCUGCUGUUGGUCAGGGUGCCAAAAUGGGAUGAGAGGGGCAAGAGGAAAGAGGCAUAACUCUGAGUCACUCACAGUGAGAGAGUGAAUAAAUGAGAGAGUGAAUGAAUGAGAGAGGGUCAAAACUACCACAGCACUGGAGACAGAACUGAUGCAGAACUGUUGGGGUUUUUGUUGACGUGUCAGCUGGGGGUUGUUUCAUUGUUUGUUUUUUUAGCCACAACUCCAGCUCUGUUGGUUGGGUCUCGAUGUGAUGACAUCACAGCACCGAUAGGACCCAGGUCAUCAUCAGCAUCGCUCUUCCCCCCACUUCAGUCCCCCAAACAGACCGGGUCAUCAUCAGCAUGGCUAUUCCUCACUUCAGUCCCCCAAACAGACCGGGUCAUCAUCAGCAUGGCUAUUCCUCACUUCAGUCCCCCAAACAGACCGGGUCAUCAUCAGCAUGGCUAUUCCUCACUUCAGUCCCCCAAACAGACCGGGUCAUCAUCAGCAUGGCUAUUCCCCACUUCAGUCCCCCAAACAGACCGGGUCAUCAUCAGCAUGGCUAUUCCCCACUUCAGUCCCCCAAACAGACCGGGUCAUCAUCAGCAUGGCUAUUCCCCACUUCAGUCCCCCAAACAGACCGGUCAUCAUCAGCAUGGCUAUUCCCCACUUCAGUCCCCCAAACAGACAGGGUCAUCAUCAGCAUGGCUAUUCCUCACUUCAGUCCCCCAAACAGACUGGGUCAUCAUCAGCAUGGCUAUUCCCCACUUCAGUCCCCCAAACAGACCAGGUCAUCAUCAGCAUGGCUAUUCCUCACUUCAGUCCCCCAAACAGACCAGGUCAUCAUCAGCAUGGCUAUUCCCCACUUCAGUCCCCCAAACAGACCAGGUCAUCAUCAGCAUGGCUAUUCCUCACUUCAGUCCCCCAAACAGACCAGGUCAUCAUCAGCAUGGCUAUUCCCCACUUCAGUCCCCCAAACAGACCAGGUCAUCAUCAGCAUGGCUAUUCCCCACUUCAGUCCCCCAAACAGACCGGGUCAUCAUCAGCAUGGCUAUUCCCCACUUCAGUCCACCAAACAGACCAGGUCAUCAUCAGCAUGGCUAUUCCCCACUUCAGUCCCCCAAACAGACCAGGUCAUCAUCAGCAUGGCUAUUCCUCACUUCAGUCCACCAAACAGACAGGGUCAUCAUCAGCAUGGCUAUUCCUCACUUCAGUCCCCCAAACAGACAGGGUCAUCAUCAGCAUGGCUAUUCCCCACUUCAGUCCCCCAAACAGACCAGGUCAUCAUCAGCAUGGCUAUUCCUCACUUCAGUCCCCCAAACAGACCAGGUCAUCAUCAGCAUGGCUAUUCCCCACUUCAGUCCCCCAAACAGGGGAGAAUGCAAAAAGUUCAGUGUUGCCAAGGCGACCGUGAACAAAGCCAGCAACCCUCUGUAAAAGGCAUGGGAAGUUGUCCAUGCUAAGUUAGCUUAGCGUAGGUCAACAGCAUGCCAGUGGCUCAUUAGGUUCUUAUAACCUAGAAAUAUUCAAAUGUUUAUGUCUCUAGUGAGAGGCAAUAAUUCAAUUAAAAACAACAACAUAUAAGUCUAAUGUUACUCUAAUGUAAUCCUGCUCUUCCUUAAUAACCACUACGGAUAGUCCAGGAAAGUAUUGGUACUGAGAAUGCUAAUUUCCCCCCCAAAUGCUCUGUUUCUGACCUAUCUUAUGAGGGUGGACAGCAGGUGAAGGAGCUCCUCUUUCCUCUCUGGCGCCACAUUCUAUUUUCUCUCCCUUGUCACAGAAGUGUGCACUCCGUCACCCUCCCUUAUAAGGGUUGAACAUAUUUGGAUUGGUGUCAGUGAUCUAGUACACACUGGGGAAACGGAUCAAGAACCUUACCUGAGCUUGAGUACUGGUUGUCCACAGGCACAUAUCUAGGAUUCAUUUACCCUUCCUAAACCCUAACCACGUGUGGGGAAGUAAAACACAUUUCCCAAGGAUCUUAGGUCAGUGUCUGUGGGUAACAUCAUCGUACUUCCUUUAACCACUACGGUAUCAGGGCCUUUUCAAUGGAAAUGUUUACUUUUAUACAAAUAUAUCAUUUAUUUUUAAUUUUCAAUCAUUUAUUUUCCCUUAUUCUACAUCGUCCAUGUUGAGUUUAGUCUAAUUCAUAAAUGUACUGUUCACUAUUAUUUAUAUAUGAAUGAUCUUAUUUUGAAUGGAGUUGCCUUUACACUGAUACAAAUGCUACUGAAUGUAAUGAAGACACUUAUUGUGCUGAAUGAUUCAUAUGAAGGAAGUAAAGAUCAUACCAUUUGACAAUCAAAUAAAUAUAUUCCUAAACAA